AUGGCAAACACUCCUACAGCGGGUGCCGACUCGAAGCCUGAAAGACUCCCCGUCACCGUCUCCAAGCCAACCCCCUACACCUUCGACCUGGGCCACCUGCUCGCCAACGACCCAAACCCCCUCGAACUCCCCCGCGACCAACCCCUCAAUGCCUCCCUCAAAGCCACCGCCCGCGACGGCGUGCAAUCCCUCCUCAACCAACUCAUAACCACCUGCCCCAUCACCUCCUCCACGCAACAAGGCGUGCUGCUCACCCUCCCACCGCCCGCCACUGCGCUCCCCCGGCACAAGCCCCUGCCCACGCCCAAACCACCCACGAAAUGGGAGCUGUUCGCACGCAAGAAGGGCAUCGGCAAGUACAACUCGAAGCCUGGCGCUGCGCUUGCGGACAAGGAGCGGCGCAAGAAGCUGGUGUACGAUGAGGAGAAGGGCGAGUGGGUGCCCAGAUGGGGGUACAAGGGAAAGAACAAGAAUGAUGAUGAUUGGUUGGUGGAGGUUGAUGAGAAGGAUUGGAAGAAGGAGGAGGAUGCUGCUGCGAAGGGCAGCUCUGUGCGGGGGAUGUCGAGGGCUGAGCGGAAGGAUAGGAUACGGAGGAAUGAGAGGAAGAUGCGAUCGAAUGAGAAGAAGGCUCGGAAGGGUGGUAACUAA